CGAUGAGCACAGGCCUUUUCGCAUCUUCGACUGGAACCCCCACCUGGCCUUGGGCGUCUUAUAAGCCCGGACUACUUACUGGUUUACCUGGACUUUACUGACAAUAAUCAUGACUUCACCGAACGGUCUUAUCUGCUUCACGAACUGCCUUCUUCCGUUGGAGGAUGGAAGCUUGGUCGAGAGGGACCUGUGGAUAGACGAGCGCCGGGGUAUUAUUCUGGAUUCCCAGCGGACAUUCUUCCUCAGGAAGGAGCGGCCGGACAGAAUUAUCGACCUCGGUGGCAACAUCCUGAGUCCUGGAUUGAUUGACAUCCAGAUCAACGGAGCAUACGGCUUCGAUUUCUCUGUAUACGAGGGAGACGAUGAAGCCUACAAAGAGGGGAUGAAGACGGUUGCGUUGAAAAUCGUAGAGACAGGCGUCACUUCUCUCGUACCCACCCUCAUCACCCAAGAAAAAUCCCUCUACCCCAAACUCCUCCAUCUCCUGCGCCCCUUCUCCGUGCCCAACUCCGCCAACCUACUCGGCUGGCACGCCGAGGGCCCCUUCAUCCAGAUGGCGAAGCGCGGCGCGCACGCGCCGCCGUUCAUCAUCCCCGCUCCGGAGCGCCUCAAAUCCUUCGAGGACGUGUACGGCGCCGAGAACCUCGUGCACGCCGAGGACUGGAUGAUGGAGGACGGCGAGACCGAUCGUGUAGGUGUGCGGAUUAUCACCGCGGCCCCUGAGAUCGACGGCGUGAUGGACACCGUCCCGGAGCUGAUCAAGCGGGGGGUCGUCUACUCCAUCGGCCACAGUAUCGCAAAGACGGACACGGCGACGCUCGCGGUAAUCCAGGGCGCGCGCCUGAUUACCCACUUGUUCAACGCGAUGCCGCUGCUGCACCACCGGGACCCGUCGAUCAUCGGCCUGCUCGGCGCGUCCCCACACCUCUCCUCCGCGUUCACGCCUCUCGCCACCCCCGUCACCACGCGCACGCCAGGGUCGCCCGUGCACCCCGUCUCGCGUGGUGGGACCCUGCGCCUGCACCACGGCGGCAAGGCGACGUCGGAGGCGUUCGACGAGCACGAGACGCCGCCGCAGACGCCGGUGGACAGGAGGGAGCUGGCAAUCAGCAGCGAGACGAUUGCGCAGCGGUUGAGCCAGAAGGGGGGGAGGCCGGAGCUGCACCUUGAUAAGGGCGAGACGGCGGACAUGGCGUUUGAGAGGCCGUUCUACGAGAUGAUCGUGGAUGGGAUACAUUCGCAUCCCAACUCUGUGCGGCUCGCCUAUGGAGCGUAUCCUGAUGGGUGUAUCCUGAUAACGGAUGCCAUGAAGAUCCUCGACCCGCACCUCAAGGACGGUGUACAUGAAUGGCGUGAUGGGAAGAGAUUCGUAAAGGAGGGCGACAAGCUAUACCUGGAAGGGACGGACACGCUCGCAGGAAGUGUCGUCACCCUGGACAAGUGCGUCCGCAACUUCUCGCGCUUCACGGGGUGCUCGCUCGGCGAGGCGAUUAAGUGCGCGACCUACAACCCUGCAAAGUGCUUGGGCAUCGAGAACAGGAAGGGCACGCUCAGGCCGGGUGCGGAUGCGGAUCUCGUCGUGUUGGACAGGAAGGGGCAUGUCGUAUGUACGUGGGUGAAGGGCAAGGAAGUGUGGACGAGGAGCGGAUCGCAGGUUGUGGCUUGAUGGAGUUCCCGUUUGGAUCUGCAGCAAGAUGUUUCUAUCGUGAGUCGCUUCGGGCCAUGAGUUUUGUGUGCCAAGAUAGAUUGCCUAGUUCGGGGACCACUAUGUAUGAGUAGUGAUAUAUUUACGGGGCAGAAUAUUGCACAAGGGUCAUGGAUCUGUGCA